CAUCGCUACUUCUGCUUUCUGCACGGUUAGCAUAUAAACACGAGGCUUCUCACCAGAAGGUCUUUCUUGCUCAAGCCAGUCUGGGUCCAUUCUGGCUGUUGCAUUGCUGUUCCUUAGCAUGGAGCCAAUUCCAAAACUUGUAGCUGGACUUCUCCUGUUGACCUUCUGUGUGGUGGGCUGCUCCGGCCAACACUGGUCCUAUGGACUCCGCCCUGGGGGGAAGAGAAAUGCUGAACAUUUGAUUGAUUCAUUCCAAGAGAUGGCCAAAGAACUUGAUCAACCAGCAGAACCUCAGCACCUGGAAUGCACCAUCCACAAGCCCCGACCUCCCCUCAGGGACCUGAGAGGAGCUCUGGAAAGUCUGAUUGAAGAGGAAACUGGGCAGAAGAGGAUUUAAAUCCGCUGAACCAGAAGGAUUGGCGACACAAGUAUAAUUCUGACAUUGACAUUUGUGACUCG